GCGACAUUCCUUCAACAGGCAAUGGAGGCUGGCAAGCUAGUUCUUAUAAUUAGCCAACGUGACUGGGCAUUUAAGAACUACAUUUUAAGUGGAUAUUAUCACCGAUGGGAAAGCCCCAUUACAUGUAGUAAUUAAAGCACAUCUAAUGUGCGUUGGUCGUAGCACCGCACUCUGCCGGGUAUGCCAGUUAACCACUCCUUACAACUUGCUAGCUAGCCCUAUCGAGCUAACAGCGGGCUAGCAGCCCGUUCCAGCAUGGUUGUCCAGGAAAGCAAACGUCGGUAAAAACAGCUGGCUUUUUCGCUAAACGAUACUACCAAGUGGCAUAAUAAAGUGUUUUAAAUAGAUUAUGUCCGGGCAUUGAGUAAUGUGUGUUUAAAAUGUACGAUUAAUACGGUCUACCCACCUGUCUGCCAUGUCGGAAUGCUCUUCCACCCUCCGACUGCUGCUUCUUCUUCUUCGUGGAUUGUUGGCGCAGUUUACAACGACUUUAAGGGGCGCAUUACUCCUCCCUGCUGUUUGGAGACUCCCUGGAAGAAAAGAUCCUGUAUCUUCUCGCCUCUUCUGAGAUGUGGGCUGACGGGCCGCCAUGUUCUGCGAGUGGACCAGAACGUUCCACGUUUGCCAUGAUGGCUCAGCGCAUGGUGAGGAAGGAUAUCGUCAUCGAGGCCCUGCCCAUCAGACCACAGGACACCCGCCUCAGGGUCCCAGCACCAACCUCCCGCAGCGCCUGCCCUAAAAGGUCAGGCUGUUCCUCUCGUAGCUCUGCUUCUCGCCCUACCUCGGUCCCUUCUUUGACCUCCUCCUCUCGCCUUUCUUCUAACUCCUCCUCUUGCCCUUCUCCUAGCUCCUCCGCUCACCCUACCUUGGGCCUUUCUUCGACCUCCUCCUCUCUCCCUUCUUCUAACUCCUCCUCUCGCCCUUUUCCUAGCUCCUCCUCUCGGCCUACCUUGGGCCCUUGUUCUAGCUCCUCCUCUCACCGUUCCUCGACCUCCUCCUCUCGCCCCACCUUGGGCCCUAUUUCUUCUCCAUCAUUUUCUUCCCUGCGUGGCACUUCCUCCCCUUUGGUGUCCACUGAUCCUGCCAGGAUCAUUUCACGAAAGCAGCAGAAGGCAUUUACUUCUAUCUGGCCUAUACCUAAGGGGCCACGUAGGCCUCAGCUUCCAUGGGGCGGCCCUAAGCCAAGGUUAGUCCAGAACCAGCAGGUGUGGAGCGGCCCUGAACUGGAGUGGGCGAGGCUGGACAUGGAGGUGAGGGAUCAAUAUUUUAACAGGUGGCUCAAGAGGAGCACAGAACCUGAAGGUGAGCCUGUUGGUGAGCCUAAGCGCUUCUGUCCCUCGAAUUAAAUGUCAAUUCAGUUUAUUUUUCUCAUUGAAUUGAACUAAAAUAGUGAGAGUUGUAUUUGAUUGAAUUGAAUUGAAUUUGUUCCAAUGGGCUAAACCACUUUUCAAAAUGUCUUUGUCAAGGUUCAAGGGAAGGUUCACCCCUUUACAGGGCGUGAGGAUACAAGGAAAGCAAUUUAUUUGAAUUUAUUUGAGUUGCCUUGUUUUUCCUUCAAAUCAGAUUUAUUUGAAUCAGUUGCAUUGUGUUGCGUCGUGUUGCGUUGCAGGAUUGAGGGACCACAUUUGUCAGAUUUGUGUCCCUGAAGAGGAAGAAAAGGAGAAGAUGAAGUCAGACAAGGAAUGCGGAGAAAUAAAAAGUAGAGAAGAGACAGGACAGGAAGUCACAAUCAAAGGAGAGAAGGGGGGAGAAACAGAGGACAAACCAGAAGAAACACAAGAAGCGAUGCAGAUUGGAAAUUAACCAUUCAAAGAAAUGAAAUAAACAAGAGAACGUGUGAUUGGCAAUUAGACUCAGUCAUGAAGAGAAGAGAAGAAAUGUGAUGAUAUGUGAAGAGACAAGAAAAGA